CAUGCCAGCCCAGGUAUAAAACCCCUGUCCAGCCUAACGUGGGAGAGAAGAGCUGUCAGUCGACCCCCGCUUCCCAGCUCAGCCCUGGCCCCAGCCAGUGACUCGCCGCCUCUACCUUCCCCGGCCGUCACGGUCAUGUCGGAGGAGCUGGUCCCGGGCACCAAGGAAAGCACACAUCCCCUCGGACCCACGCCUCGGGAGGGAUGGAAGAAGGGCGGCCGGAUGCUGUCGGUACUGCUGUCUGUCAACGUGCUGCUUUUCGCCUGCACUCUCAUAAGCAGCGGCGCCUUCAACAAGGUGGCGGUGUAUGACACAGAUGUGUUCGCACUGCUUACGGCCAUGAUGCUCCUCACCACCAUCUGGAUUCUCUUUUACCUCUUCCGAACCUCCCGAGGCCCCGAUGCUGUCCCCUACCUGGAUUCCCACGCAGGACCAAUCUGGCUCCAAGGUGGGCUGGUCCUGUUUGGUAUCUGUACCCUGGUCAUGGAUGUCUUCAAAACAGGCUAUUAUUCCAGUUUCUAUGAGUGUCAAUCAGCCAUCAAGAUCCUACAUCCAAUCAUACAAUUCCUAUUUGUCAUUGUUCAGACAUACUUCCUCUGGGUCUCAGCUAAGGAUUGUAUUCAUGCCCACCUAGACCUGACCCGGUGUGGUCUCAUGUUCACACUGGCCACCAACCUGGCCAUCUGGAUGGCAGCUGUGGUGGAUGAAUCUGUUCACCACACACACUCUGAUGGUGACAAUACCAGCUAUGCCCGCCUUACUUCUACUGCAGAACGGGCAGGCAGCACAUCGGGGGAGGCCUGUCCUUGCAACACAACCUUCUGUCAGAUCUUUCAGCGGGGUUACUUCUACCUGUAUCCCUUUAACAUCGAGUACAGCCUCUUCGCCUCCACAAUGGUCUACGUCAUGUGGAAGAACGUGGGGCGCCUGAUAGGCCCUUCCCACGGCGGUAGCCAUGGCCACGGCCACACACCAUUCUUUGCCAGCCUCUUCCAGGAAACUUUCUUCAUUGGACCUGUGCUGGGCUUGCUCAUAUUUGUGAUAGGGGUGGGGGUCUUCAUUAUGUAUGAAGUCCAGGUGAAUGGGGACACGAGUGGGACCCAGCAGGCCCUGAUCCUCUAUUACAGCUUUAACGUGGCCUGCCUGGGCCUUAUGACCCUCGUCAGCCUUGGGGGCUCUAUCAUCUACCGUUUUGACCAAAGGACAAUGGACCACCACAAGAACCCAUCUCGUACAGUCGACGUAACUCUGCUGAUGGGGGCUGCUCUUGGGCAGUAUGCCAUCGCUUACUAUUCUAUUGUGGCUGUCGUGGUGGCCACCCCCAGGGACCUACUGGGUGGGCUGAACCUCUCCUAUUCCUUGCUAAUGAUUGCCCAGCACACCUUCCAGAAUGUCUUCAUCAUUGAGAGCCUCCACCGAGGCCCCCCUUCCAUGCAGGGAAACCCACCCGAAGAGCCCGUCUAUGGCCUCACCUAUGCCAAUCAGGAUGCCCUCCAGUCCUUGCCUGCCUACCCACCCACUCCUGGGCUGGUGGGCCCCACCGCUGCUGGCCCUCAGGAGGCAGUAACCAUUAUCUCAGCCCCCCAGAAGAACUGGAGGCGCAAGUGCCUGAAGGAUAUUUCACUAUUUCUCCUGAUGUGCAACGUGAUUCUCUGGAUCAUGCCUGCCUUUGGUGUCCGCCCUCAUUUCAACAAUGAAGUGGAAAUGGAUUUCUAUGGUUACUCUCUGUGGACUGCCAUUGUCAACAUCUGCCUUCCCUUUGGAAUCUUCUACCGAAUGCAUGCCGUCUCCAACUUGCUGGAAGUCUAUGUCCUAUCCUGA